CAUGGGGAAGAUAAAGGUCGGAAUCAAUGGAUUUGGAAGGAUCGGAAGGUUGGUCGCUAGAAUUGCUCUGCAGAGAGAGGAUAUCGAACUCGUCGCCAUUAACGACCCCUUCAUCACCGGCGACUACAUGGUGUACAUGUUCAACUACGACACCGUCCACGGCCGCUGGAAGCAUAACGAUGUGAAGCUGAAGGACGCAAACACCCUUCUCUUUGGUGACAAGCCCGUCUCCAUUUUUGCUGUCAGGGACCCGGUGGAGAUCCCGUGGUCCGGGAGCGGGGCUGAGUACAUCGUUGAGUCGACCGGUGUUUUCACCGACAAGGAAAAGGCUGCUGCCCAUCUGAAGGGUGGAGCUAAGAAAGUUAUCAUCUCAGCCCCCAGCAAAGAUGCUCCUAUGUUCGUUGUCGGUGUCAAUGAGAAGGACUACAUGAAAGAUCUUGAUAUUGUUUCCAAUGCUAGUUGCACGACCAACUGCCUUGCCCCCCUUGCGAAGGUUAUUCAUGAUAGAUUCGGUAUUGUGGAGGGUCUGAUGACCACAGUUCACUCCAUUACUGCCACCCAGAAAACUGUUGAUGGACCUUCUUCGAAGGAUUGGAGAGGUGGAAGGGCAGCUUCAUUCAACAUCAUUCCCAGCAGUACUGGAGCUGCAAAGGCUGUUGGUAAAGUGCUGCCAGACCUGAACGGAAAAUUGACGGGAAUGGCAUUCCGUGUUCCUACCGUCGAUGUCUCGGUGGUUGACCUUACAGUGAGGCUGGCAAAAGCAGCUACUUAUGAUGAAGUAAAAGCUGCUAUCAAGGAGGAGUCUGAGGGGAAACUGAAGGGAAUCCUGGGUUACACCGAAGAUGACGUGGUCUCCACCGACUUUGUGGGCGACAGCAGGUCAAGUAUUUUUGACGCAAAAGCCGGAAUUGCUUUGAACGAUAACUUCAUCAAGUUGAUCUCGUGGUAUGACAACGAGUGGGGAUAUAGCUGCCGUGUGGUCGAUCUGAUUUCCUACAUCGCAUCUGUUGAUCUUGCUUAAGGCAACGAGACGAAGACUUGCCGAUUUAGGCGCAUCGGUGUACGUUUCCCUUCAUGUUAGUAAGUAAAAUGCAGUGUGCAAAAAUAAAUCGUGUAUCCCCAAAGUAGUGGUAGCUUAUUUAGGUUGAGUGUCAUGGGGGUGAUGAAUUUUGCCCCAAGUUUUUAAGUUUUGUGUUGGACGUGAGAUUGUUCUGUGCCUUGUUAUGUUCUUCACUUUAUAUUUGCUUUGGUUCAGACGUUUCAUGUUUUACAACUCUCAUGGCUCAUUUAUUAAGACAUUUCAUAUUUUAUAA